GUGCCUUGCGCGCUGUUCUUGUUUCUGGAACCGUGCAAACUUUGAACAAGACCAUGGGACGCGCUGGCUAUUCUCCCGCCUCCCCCUCGGCUCUCCAGCAUGCGCACCAUUAGCCCGAAAACGGAAGUAGGUCUGUCAUUACCUCAAACGCAGACUUGAGCCCGUGGACCAGUCACGAAUCGGAAUUGAGCAGCCUCGCUUUUUUCCAGCACGAAACGCCGUUAGGCAGGUUGGUGCGACAUCCAGGUUGACCGCCAGCCAGAUGUACCCCAUCUGAGCGCCCUGCACCUCGGCCAUCCUCGAUUGCGAGAGACUGUUUCUGCUUCGAGACCGAGUCGGCAAACCGAAACCUCUGCUUCAGCAGGAGCUGUGUGUCACCAACCACUAGCCAAUAGUCGCCGAUGGAGACGCAAAAUGGAGGGCCUGCUGCGGGUCAGGCUCCCGAGCAGGAGCGCGAAGAUGGCUUCAAGCUGAAGUUCUGCACCGUCUGUGCGAGUAACCAGAAUCGCUCGAUGGAGGCGCAUCUCCGCCUCUCACAGGCAAACUUCCCAGUCAUAUCCUUUGGCACGGGAUCUCUAGUGCGCCUUCCCGGGCCCACGAUAACCCAGCCCAACGUAUACAAGUUCAACGACACGACGUACGAUAACAUGUACAAGGAGCUUGAGGGCAAGGAUCCUAGGUUAUACCGGGCCAAUGGCAUCCUGAACAUGUUGGGUCGAAACCGCAAUGUCAAGCGGAACCCGGAGAGAUGGCAGGAUUGGCAGAUCGGCAUCCCACGCCUGGACCAUGCCAGCGAUCGCGGGAGCGCUGGAACGGAGGGCGGCGUGGUCGACGUGGUGUUCACCUGCGAGGAGCGCUGUUGGGAUGCCGUCAUAGAUGACCUACAUGCACGCGGCUCGCCCCUGAACCGCGCCGUCCAUGUCAUCAAUGUUGACAUCAAAGAUAACCACGAGGAGGCGGCUAUCGGAGGCAGCGGGAUUCUCGAUCUGGCCGAGUCGCUGAACAAGGUGGCAAUGGAGGAGCGGGACAAGGUGGGCGCUGCCGUGUUUGACGGGGCUGGCGGCGCUGGCCGGUCCGGCUUCGAUGAACGGGUGCCAGAGGUCUUGGCCGAGUGGCAGGAAAGAUGGCCGAACCUGCCCGCAACCUGGACUCUGGCGUGGUUCUGAAAGCAUUGCAGACAAAUGCUGGCGGGAAGCCCUCGUGCAGGGAGCACUGGGAGUCAAGGCUUUGGCCGUUGGACUCUUUCUGCUUUUACUGAGUUGAAAUAUGAUACCCUUGGUCUGAAAUGGUGCUUGACGUUGACAUAUCUUGAAAUAUCUUCUGUACCUGUCAAAGAAGUGAUGCAAUUGAAAACGUCAUCCGCAUUUUGACUUGUCGC